AUGUCUCUUGUUAAUAUAACAGACAUCAAAGUUCUUGACAAUCCUUCAUUAUUUGGUGCGGAUUUUCGGUUCGAGAUCACAUUCGAGCUCAUUCAACCGUUACAAGAAGAUCUCGAAUGGAAAGUAAUCUAUGUGGGUUCUCCUGAAAGCCCCGAAUACGAUCAAGUUUUAGACAGUAUUAUGGUGGGUCCUAUUCCACCAGGAACGAACAAGUUCUUAUUUCAGGUGCCAGCUCCGGAUCCAUCCAAGAUCCUUCCGGAAAAUGUUUUAGAUGUCACUGUAGUAAUUAUUACAUGCUCGUAUCGUGAUCAAGAAUUUGUACGUGUAGGAUACUACGUUAACAAUGAAUAUCUUGAUGAAGAGCUAAAAGAAAAUCCCCCCGAGAGACCCAUAAUUGACAAGCUCUAUAGAAACAUCCUUGCUGACAAGCCAAGAGUUACAAGAAAGCCUAUUAAAUGGUGA